AUGCCGGACGACAUGUCUAUGAUUCCCUACAAUGGGGGCAACCUGGAUGUUGUGCUCCGGCAUAAUGACUCGGUUGUCGUGUUUGACCAUGAUUCCCAGCAGCUAGCUCUCCGAAACACAGCAGAUGAUCAUGAUGGAAAUCUAGAACUUGCAAAUUGUCCCCUAUGUCACCGGCCAAUGCAUGAAAGCAGCCGAGGAAGGCAUCGUGGGAGUACAGACCCAGAGGCGGAAUUCAUCAACCCAAACUACUUUCGCAUGCUUAACAACAGCUUGCCAAGCUCUGCAAGCUCAUCGAGACCCUGUUCGCCGCGCCGUCGUCUAGUUCAGUCUGCCAUCCCGGACGGUCCCACCAGCACGCCAUCUUCUGGACCUGCCCCAACCAGCCAAGGAAUAUCCUCGUCAGCAUUCAGUCCAGACUACUUCAAGCGAUUUUUUGUGGAAGAAAAAGUUCUUGGAAAAGGUGGAAAGGGCGUGGUCCUGCUUGUGAAACACGUAUUGGAUGGCGUCUCUCUCGGCCAUUUCGCCUGCAAACGUGUCCCAGUCGGUGACGAUCACGAAUGGCUGGAAAAGGUGCUGGGCGAAGUACAACUAUUACAAAACCUUUCCCAUCAAAACCUCGUCUCUUAUCGCCAUGUCUGGCUUGAGAACGCUAGAAUCAGCACAUUCGGGCCUAGUGUACCAUGCGCCUUUAUCAUACAGCAAUAUUGCAAUGCGGGUGACCUACACAACUACAUCUGCGGUGCGAUUCAAACAACCACAACGGCUCAACAGCUCAAGGAUCGACUUCGAAGAAAGUCAAAGGGGGAGCCAGAGGUAAAACCCGAGGUGGGAGGGCCUCGUAUGCUUCAGUUGGAUGAAAUUUACUCCUUCUUCAGAGAUAUCACAGCCGGAUUACGCCAUCUGCACAUGAAUGGCUAUAUCCAUCGUGACUUGAAGCCAAACAAUUGCCUUCUUCACGAGACAAGCGACGGCAUUCGAGUACUAGUCAGUGACUUUGGUGAAGUCCAAUCACAGAACGCAAUGCGCAAGUCAACAGGCGCCACGGGAACAGUCUCUUACUGUGCCCCUGAAGUUCUUCGACAAGAAUACCCCGGUGGUCCAUUCGGGAAUUUCACUUUCAAAUCCGACAUAUUCUCACUGGGAAUGAUUCUGUACUUCUUGUGUUUCGGAGAACUUCCCUACCGCAGUGCCGAUAUUCUCAACGAAGACAAUGAAGACUUGGAUCAGCUCCGCGACGAGAUUACACAUUGGACCGGGUUCGACAAUGCUCGGAGGAGAAGACCCGAUCUUCCUGCCAAGCUCUACUCUUUUCUGGACCAAUUACUCUCUGUGGACCCAGAUCGACGUCCGACUGCGGACGAUGUUUUGAAUGGCAUUCAAGCUGCGAACAACGCCGGUGAGAAUUUCCGAUUCAAACGCAACAGUUCAGCUAGCCCUGACUUGCCCGGGUCAACUCGAAUCCGCACAGUCGAGAGCCCAGGCCCACAACCAGGCAUGGAAAGAGCCCUCUCGCCCAUCAAAAAGAAGAUUGCACGAAGUCCCGUGUCAUUGAGGCGUGACUCAAUGUUUGACUUGCCAUCUGGGCCCAGCGGCGGCCCAGCACCAGAGACGGUCUUGGCACACAGGCCCUCAAUAACCUCUGACAAAGACCUAGUAAUGCGGCGAUAUUCUACCUCUCCGCCAAAUGCAUCCACAAGACCAAUCCACGCACACGGGGAGUCUAUCAACUCACCAGCCCAGCCUAUCACUCGUACACGGCAACUCCUUCCGCCACCUCCCACUUCAUCCACAUUCUUGAGCUACAUAAGUGAUUCGAGCCUUUUCCCGGGCUUAAAAGUCUCAUUUUUCUUGGUCAAGGUGGUUACUGUCUUGCAUCCCUGCUCACCCGUAGCAGUCAGACCCUGGUUCCUUUACCCCCUUCUUCUGCUGGCAGCGAUUACCUUGCAGGUGCAUGAUGUACGUGUGCAAGCUUUAUCAACGGUAGCACACGUGCUUCUUGUAGUGCUUGCGAUGAAAUUUGGGUUACUUUGUACAUGGCAUGGCGACUAUGCUAUGGGACUUUGA